AUGGACCAUUUCUCAGUCUCAGAUGAUCAACUCAAUCUAGCUUCCAACAGCCCAAAGAAGCGGGCAGGCCGGAAGAAGUUCCGAGAGACGCGCCACCCCGUCUACCGCGGCGUGCGUCGCCGUGACUCCGGCAAGUGGGUCUGCGAGCUCAGAGAGCCCAACAAGAAGUCAAGAAUCUGGCUCGGGACCUUCGCCACCGCCGAAAUGGCGGCCCGGGCUCACGACGUGGCUGCCAUCGCCUUGAGAGGCCGGUCCGCUUGCCUCAACUUCGCCGACUCCACCUGGCGGCUGCCGAUUCCGGCGUCGUCGAGUGCUCAGGACAUUCGGAAGGCCGCGACGGAGGCGGCCAAGACCUGCUGCUCUGAUCAGCCGUGGCUUAUGUAUGAUGAUGACUAUGAGAAAGCGUUUGGGAUGCAUGGAUUGGUGGCGGAUAUGGCUGAGGGACUGAUGAUGCCGCCGCCGCCGCUGCCUAUCUACUAUCAUGACGUGGAAUUCGAUGCUGAUGUGGCGCUGUGGAGUUAUUCUUUCUAGUAGUAUAGCACAGGAAUCUCCAUCACGUGUGGUUGUGUUACUUGUGUAGGUAACAUUAGAAUUCGUACUCUGGAAAGUACAAAUGUAAAAGAUUUGUUUUCUAUGAGCACCAAUAAGAAUUAAGACCAAUUUAAGGAA